AUUGGGGCGGGCUCGUCCGGGACCAUCAUCGCCAACCGGCUGACGGAGAACCCCGAGUGGAAGGUGCUGCUGCUCGAGGCCGGCGAGGAGGACAGCGUCAUCACCGAGAUCCCCGUCAUCUGUGACGAGUUCCAGCUCACGGGCUACAACUGGGGCUACUCCAUGGAGAAGGAGCCCAACCAGUGCCUCGGCCUCAAGGACCAGCGAUGCCCCUGGCCCAGGGGUAAGGUCCUCGGCGGCACCUCCACCAUCAACUACAUGAUCUACACCCGGGGCCAGCGCCGCGACUACGACGAGUGGGCCGAGAUGGGCAACCCCGGCUGGUCCUACGACGACGUCCUGCCGCUCUUCAUGAAGAUGGAGCGCAACCUCAUCCCCGAGUACCAGAACUCCAAGUACCAUAACAACAACGGCACGCUGUCCGUGGAGCGGGUGCCGCAUAAGAGCCCGCUGAUGGACGCCUUUCUGGAGGCGGGCCAGAUGAAGGGCUACAGCGUCAUCGACUACAACAACCCGGACGAGAACAGCCAGGGCUUCUCCAGGAUACAGGCCAACAUGCACGGCGGCCGCAGGAUCAACGGCGCCAACGCGUUCCUCAGGCCCAUCAGGAAGCGCCCCAACCUGCACAUCGCGCUCAAGAGCCGCGUGACCCGCGUGCUCAUCGACCCCGAGACGAUGACCGCCAAGGCCGUGGAGAUGACGCGCAACCGCCAGUGGAGGGUGGUCCGCGCGCGCAAGGAGGUCAUCCUGUCUGCCGGCGCCAUCAACUCGCCCCACAUCCUCAUGCACUCGGGCAUCGGCCCGGCGGACCACCUCGCCCAGGUCGGCUACAAGGCGCUCAAGGACCUGAAGGUCGGGUACAACAUGAUGGAGCACGUGGCGUCCGCUGGCCUUACCUUCUUCAUCAACGAGAGCCUAACCAUCACUCUGGACGGAGUCAGCACCCCCAACGCGUUCUUCAGCUACAUGCGGGGCCAGGGCCCGAUCACCGUCCCCGGCGGCGUGGAGGGGCUCGCCUACAUCCACACCAAGAUGAACGACGACGCCUACGGCCGCCCCGACAUGGAGUUCAUCUUUGCGGGCGCCGCGAUCUGCUCCGACGCGGGCGCCACCAUCAGGAAAGGCAUGGGCAUCACGGACGAGUCGUACUACAGCCAGUUCGACCGAGGCCACCAGUGCAACGCCUUCACCAUCUGGCCCAUGAUCCUCAGCCCAAAGUCGCGCGGGCGCAUCCUGCUCCGGGACAACAACCCCUUCCACUGGCCCAUCAUGAAGCACGACUACUUCGAGAGCGAGCACGACCUGCUGACGUGCAUCGAGGGCCUCAAGCUCGCCGUGGAGCUGGCCGAGUCGCCGGCCUUCGCCCGCUUCAACGCCACCCUCAACCCGCGGCCCGUCCGCGGCUGCGAGAACGUGACCUUCCGCUCGGACGCCUACUACGAGUGCCUGCUGCGCCACAUCACCACCACGCUGCACCACCAGUCGGGCACGUGCAAGAUGGGCCCCGCCACCGACCCGGACGCCGUCGUGGACCCCGAGCUGCGCGUGCACGGCGUCAGGAACCUGCGCGUCGUCGACGCGUCCAUCAUCCCGCGGCUGCCGCGCGCGCACACCAACGCCGUCGCCUACAUGAUCGGCGAGAAGGCGGCCGAGCUCAUCAAGAAGGCGUGGCCCUCGCAGUCGCCGCCCGCCCCGGGGCCGCUCCCGUCCCCCUACAGCGGGCCCUACUACCGCUGGCGCCUCCCCGGGGAGCCCCUGCCCGUCAGUGGCGCCUCCUGGACCAUCUAAACGACCCACCGCUCGUUCCACCUGGACCAUCCUGGAGGAGCCACUAGUGGCACCUCCAGGACCAUCUAAACGACCCACCAGUGGUUCCACCGGGACAAUCUAAAAGACCCACCUGCGGCGCCUGGACCAUUUCUAGGAGGCAACUUUAUGUUGAGGGGAAAUUUUAAACAGGGAGCGUGAUACGGCGCAAACUGAUCUCACGGGGACGUUAUGUUAAUAGCGCGCACGACGGCGGCACCGAGAAGGAAAACCGUCCCCCUACGUUAAGACUGACAAUAAUUUUAAUGUUAUUUAAAUUAUAUUCCCUUUUUAUAAAUCCUAUUUAUAUCACGGCGGUACUUGUCCACCUUGAGUUGUUUUUCCUCGGAAAGAAUUGUGUGUAAGAAUAAAGACGGACACGAAAUCGA